ACAGCGUACUCGCCCUACAUGACGAUCAGUUUUGUUUUGUGUGAGCACAAUAUGUGAAUUUGGGAAACUAGUUUUGUAUACUAAUUAUUUAGUGUAAUUCCCAAAUGAAUGUAAGUCCCAACUAUCCUGUCGGUUAUAAUCCACCACACAAAUUUCGCUGACAAACGCUAAGCGAGCCCAUAUCUUAUCUGCGAGGAGCCACUGUCAAAACUAAUCAAAGAACUGCAAUUGCAAGUGACACGCACAAAAUAUGACCAAUAUGCCCAAAUUGUCGGCGGCGCAGGAGCGCACUCGAGAAUGGCUGGCCUCGCAGGAGGAGGACGAGUUGGAGUCAAUAGCCGAAUCAUCCGUGGUGGACAGCUUGGAUGAUUACAAAUACAGCGAGCACACGUUCACCGAGCAAGAGGAUGAGGACGAGGAGGAUGACGAUAACGAUACUGGCGAAGAAGUCAGCACCAUUGCGUUGGGCACACGAAUGGGCGCUAGCAAAGGCUCCAUCAUAAUGGACACACUGCGCGAUCUCCUCAAUUCGAUCAACAGCAUUCAAACCGUGGGAAAUGUAAACAUUAGCAACUCCACGAAUGUGCACAUUGGCAACGUGACCAAUAUCAAUGGCAAUAUACAGAUCAUUGCCGAUGGCCCAACAAAUCCGCGCAGCAAACGCAAGGAGCGUCGAAAAACGUCUCUGGUCGACGUGCCAGAUCCAAACGAACAAAAUCAGCAACAGGACACAGAGCUGGACGAAUCUGAGGAGUGCGUCAAUGCCGGUGUCUUUAUCAGUAGCCAAAAAUUCAAAAUACCCAAGGAGGUGUGUUCCAUAGUGCCGCGCCACUCUUGGCUAGCCCAAAUGCCCAUGGAAGCGCCAAUAAAACUGCAACGACCCGUUAAAUAUGUGGUUAUAUCACACACUGCCACCGAGAGCUCCGAGAAGCGGGCCAUCAACGUGCGUUUAAUACGCGACAUACAGUGUUUUCACAUCGAGAGUCGCGGCUGGAAUGAUAUUGCCUACAACUUUCUUGUUGGCUGUGACGGCAACAUCUACGAGGGACGCGGCUGGGAGACAGUUGGCGCGCACACCUUGGGCUACAAUAAAGUCGCGCUAGGCAUAAGUUUCAUUGGCUGCUUUAUGCGCGAACUGCCCACGCAGGAUGCGUUGAAUAUGUGCCGCAAUCUGCUGGCACGCGGCUUGGAAGAUGGACAUAUAGCCCCGGAGUAUCGCCUCAUUUGUCACUGCCAAUGCAACUCGACGGAGAGUCCAGGUCGUCGUCUGUUCGAGGAGAUACAGACCUGGCCGCAUUUCUACAAUAUUGCCCAGGAUGAGCAAAAGUAGCGUAUUACAUGACUUCUCGGAACAGGAUUUCGAUAAAUAUUAAUGUGGUGGUUGUCGUGGACAAAUAAUUGUAUGCCUUCAAAAGGCGCGUGUCUUGUUUUCGUAACGUUUGUCCAUAAAUCUGUCCUUGCUUAAACAAUAUACGAUUCCAAAGAUCUAUUUUUCUACAUGUUUCCCUAUAAA